UUAUGACCGAACUUGCCAACCCCUGACCUAGGUUGACUAGGGUGAGUCAUUUAUGGGCUAAUUUUCAUUUUUGGGUAAACUAACCCUUUUUAAUCGACAACAAACCUCCACGCUCAAGCACGCACACACACACAGGCUGACGGGUACCGAAUUGAUUUAUAUCACGCCUACCUUCCUUUAGCGUGUGAUUGCGGAAGAGCCGUUACCUGGUUACAGGGGAGUGAUGGAGCACUGAGUAAUGCAAUCUUCAGGACUCCACAGAUAUGAGAGUUUCUCUCGCGCUCACCGAGUCAAAGCCAGCAGCAUCUCCGGAGCGCGCGACAAACAGCUCGUCCAGGAAAAGCUGAUUAACCUCUUAAGUUACAAAUAUCACCACGGACAGUCUCCAGUUUGGCAUAUUCCCAGUUAGCAGAAGCAAGUUGGUCGACAAAUAUUGGUGUAAGCACAGAGGUCUUUGGGGACCAAUUUUUCCACUACUCCAAGUUUCAUUCAACACCUGCCCCGUCCUGCGGCGCAGUACACAGGCUCCCUGCUCACAGUGAAUUCUAUUUUUUUAGGACAAUGGUCCCCAGCUGAAGGCAGUGACGGAAAGAGACUGAGAUGGAGCUGACCUCAGUAGACGCCUCUGCUGUGCUGGGCAUAUGGGGCAGUGGCUCCAUACCUGGUUUCCUCCUUAAUGAGAGCAUUCUCAAUGACACUUGCUUCCUCAAUACUUCAAACUGCACUAAUGGGAGAGAUGCAGCGAACCGAGCAGGAACAAGCAUGGCAGGAAUCCUCAUUCCUCUUAUUUACAUCAUUGUCUGCAUCGUUGGCCUGGGAGGAAACUCACUGGUCAUUCACAUAGUCCUGCACUACUCCAAGACAGAGUCAGUGACCAACAUCUACAUCCUGAAUCUGGCUAUAGCUGAUGAACUUUUCAUGCUGGGCCUGCCGUUCCUCGCUGUGCAGAACGCCAUGCACUCCUGGCCCUUCGGCUCAUUCACGUGCAGAUUAGUCAUGACCGUUGACGGCAUUAACCAGUUCACCAGCAUUUUCUGCCUCACUGUGAUGAGCAUUGAUCGCUACCUGGCCGUGGUUCAUCCUAUUCGGUCCUCUAAAUGGAGGCGGCCACAGGUGGCCAAGGCAGUGAAUGGAACAAUCUGGGCGGUCUCCUUUUUGGUAGUCUUGCCUGUGGUGAUUUUUGCAAAUGUGCAAAGGGAAGGAGGCAUCUGCAACAUCAUAUGGCCAGAGCCAGCCAACAUCUGGGGAGCAGCAUUUAUAAUCUACACCUCCACAGUUGGCUUUUUCUUUCCCUUGCUAGUCAUCUGCAUGUGCUAUCUCCUUAUUGUGAUCAAAAUUCGCAGCUCAGGAAAAAAGGUUCAUGCCACUUCAACCAAACGGCGCAAAUCGGAGCGCAAAGUCACGCGAAUGGUGGUGAUAGUAGUGGCUGUGUUUGUUUUCUGCUGGAUGCCGUUUUACGCCCUCAACAUCAUAAACCUGGUGGAAUCGCUGCGUGAUGAGCCCCAAGGUCUGCAUCUUUUUGUGGUGGUAUUGUCUUACGCUAACAGCUGCGCUAACCCUAUUGUGUAUGGCUUCCUUUCGGACAACUUCAAACGGGGAUUUCGAAAGGCUCUGUGCCGUUCAACGCGAAGGGUCGAGAACCACGAACCCACCGAGCAGCAGAAUCAAGAGGAAGGAAGAAGAGUGCUGAUGCCCAGGGAAAGCCUUAGAAGAACAGUGAGAGAUGAGGAGGAUGAGGAAGAGGAAGAGUGCAGGGAGGAAGUGACGGAGAUGACAGAAAUCUGCAGGAUUACUCAGAAUGCAAAUGGAAACGGCCAACCUGAAAGUACACGAGCGCUUUUCUUAGAGAGACCCUCUUGUACAGGGGUUUCUGAGACAUGUUCCCCAGACAGGAGAGGCAUGGAGGUGGAUGUUCUUGGUAAAGGACCAAGCUUUGGACCUGCUGCAACCCUGCUGAAUGGGGCUAAAAAUGGGAAUGUGAAAACUCUGCCAGAGGAACCGGUGGAAAAGAACGCCUCACUGGAGAUCAGCUACUUGUAAACUUGUGAUUUGUGUCAGCUGGAAAAUCUGUAUUAUUGUACAUGCCUCCUUGAACUCUAUGCGUUUUGUAGUUACUGCCUCUCCUGAAAUUUAUAAACUCGUCCUCAUGUCUGAAUUUACUAUGAAAUUUAGGGGUGCACGGUAAAUAUAGCUUAUAAUGAAC